CCGAACGCCGCUGAGAGCAGCUGCACACUUUCGAGAUACGGAUACGGUUAGCUUCGUUGCAGCAGCACACCAACCAUCAACAUGGCGGUCUUUGGCAUGGUUUCGGCCGUGUCCGGCUUCAUCAAGAUUCGCUAUCUGCUGGACAAGGCGGUUAUCGACAACAUGGUUUUCCGCUGCCACUAUAGGAUCACGACUGCCAUUCUCUUCACCUGUUGCAUCAUCGUCACCGCAAACAAUCUGAUCGGCGAUCCCAUAAGUUGCAUCAACGAUGGCUCCAUACCCAUGCAUGUGAUCAACACGUUCUGCUGGAUCACCUAUACGUUUACGAUACCUGGCCAGCAGCACCGGCAGAUUGGAACGGAUGUGGCAGCCCCGGGAUUGGGCAAUGAUUAUGGUCAGGAGAAGCGCUAUCAUAGCUACUAUCAGUGGGUGCCAUUUGUGCUAUUCUUUCAGGGACUCAUGUUCUAUGUUCCCCACUGGGUCUGGAAGAACAUGGAGGACGGCAAGAUUCGCAUGAUCACCGAUGGUUUGCGUGGCAUGGUCAGUGUCCCGGAUGACUAUCGUCGGGAUCGUCAGGAUCGCAUCCUCAAGUAUUUUGUGAACAGUCUGAAUACCCACAAUGGCUACUCCUUUGCCUACUUCUUCUGCGAGCUACUGAAUUUCGUGAAUGUGAUUGUAAAUAUCUUUAUGGUGGAUAAGUUUCUGGGCGGUGCUUUCAUGUCCUAUGGAACGGAUGUGGUCAAGUUCUCUAAUAUGGAUCAGGACAAGCGCUUUGAUCCCAUGAUUGAGAUCUUUCCAAGGCUAACCAAGUGCACGUUCCACAAGUUCGGUCCCAGCGGAUCGGUUCAGAAGCAUGACACACUCUGUGUGCUGGCACUGAAUAUCCUGAACGAGAAGAUCUACAUCUUUUUAUGGUUCUGGUUCAUCAUCUUGGCCACCAUCUCAGGCGUGGCAGUGCUCUACUCCCUGGUGGUGAUCAUGAUGCCCACCACCCGGGAGACGAUCAUCAAGCGUUCGUACCGCUCUGGACAGCGCAAGGAAAUCGCUGGACUGGUCAGACGCUUGGAGAUUGGCGACUUCCUGAUCCUGCACUUCCUUAGCCAGAAUCUCAGCACAAGAUCCUACAGCGACAUGCUGCAGCAGCUAUGCAGCCUGCUCGGCGCAUCCCGAACCCCAUCGGCACCAUCGACCCUCGAAAUGAAUCCCAUCAGCCAUCCGAUAUACCCGCCCGUGGAGAGCUUUGGCGGUGGCAAGGAGACGGAGACAUGAACCGACUCCAUUUGGGGUGGCUUCUAAACAAUGAUUUCAAUGAUUUCUCAAUAAUAUUUGUAGGGGGGACAGCGAGAGUUGUGUGUCAAAAGGUUAGGUCUUUUCCAUUUCUACCACUAAAGACUGUUGUAUACCGGCAAGGAAGCAAACGAACUACAUUACAUUUUUCGAAGAUGAUUCAGAAACUCAGUAACAAAACAUAACUAUGCGAAAUAUAUCUAGCGAAAUUAUAA